AUGACUUCUCACUCGGUUGGCGUAAGUCCGUUUCCUCAACCACCGGAAUAUGCUCGUCAGUAUACAGAUGCUAAUGUGGCAAAGAAGAACGUAUUGCCGCCACCGGUUAUACCAUCCGAAUUUACAGUUUUUGGCGAAGAAUACAAUUUCGAGGAGGAAAUGAUACGAUCACUGCAAUCUCAAAAAAUGCAGCAGUUAUUUUCGAGUAAUGGAGACUGGAGAAGUGAGUUGAAAAAAUUAAACAGGAGUACCGUUGCUGCGUUUCUUGAUCUUCUUGAUAUCCUCAUACGGUGUCCAAAUCAUCCAGAGCGUUUAGAGAAAAUCAAUAACCUACGUCUUCUUUUCAUCAAUAUGCAUCAUCUGAUAAAUGAAUAUCGGCCGGUGCAGGCACGAGACGCGUUGCAGUCGAUGAUGAAAUUAUUAAUCAAAACCAUUGAGGAAGUUACGAGUCGUUUUCGCACUUAUCUGGCGAUGGGUCAUGAGGCGUUGAACCAAGUUAUAGAUGAGGUACCUCCGGUACUUUCAGCCUCUUCAAUGCUUAAUGUUGAGGAUAUGAAUGUUGGUGAGUCGGUGGAGCAGCGAAUUGGAACAGUGGAAGGUGCAGUUAGCAAGCGGAGGAGUAGCUAUGAUGAAGCCCGGAAGACAACCGCAUCCAGGCGUGAAGCAUGGAGAAGAGAUAUAAUGCUUUGUGAAUUGCUAGACAAUAUGGGUGAUACAGAUCUAGAAAGGAGGCUAUCACCUUCUAGAAUUCAAAUGGAAUACUAA